CAGUCAGAGCAGGGACACUGUGUGAAUUUAACCCUUCUAUUGCCAAAUACCUGCCCCCCCCCUCGCAUAGGGUUUCAGUAAGGGGAGGGGCUCUGUGAUUCAUUGAGGUCACAGUAAGUGAGUGUGACAUCAUCUCCUCCCAAUUCCUGGCUGCUAAUUCCCCUGCCCAGGGGAUGGUCCUACUGACGUCAUCUCACCUGUGUGUGGGGUAUAUAAGCCUUCAGCCUCAGCAGCAUCUUCAUCACUGGACUCUCCUCCUCCUCUCUGCUCUUCAUCCCACGCCACCAGGAACCUAUACAAUGAAGACUGCAUUGUUGACACUGCUGACUUGUUAUUUGAUCCUCACGGCUUACACAGGAGCUCGACCCUUUGCCAGAAGUAUGUUUGAUAGCCACCAGCUUGGGUUAAAUGGGCUGUUAGGUGAUGAAAACACACAGGCACUCUUGUACUUCCUAAGGGAAAAAAUUCAAAGAGAGAUGGAAAGAGGAGACCCUCGUGUUCAGCUCAGGCUCAGCAAAAGUUCCCUCUCCACAGGACAUCAGGAUUUAGUUUCUGCUCUCAAUGUGAUACAAACUGCAUUCCAGGAGGGCAUCCCAGAUGAGUCUGCCAAAGGCUUCUUGGAAGCAUUUUCUGAUCGUUUGAAGAGAGAGGACCCUCCUAUCUCCAUAGACCUGACAUUCCACAUUCUCAGACAGAUGAUAGAGAUUGCCAAAACCCAAAAUCAGAAGCAGCAGGCUGAACAGAAUCGAAUUAUUUUUGACUCUGUGGGGAAGUGACCUCCAAAAGAACCACGGACAGCUUUCUUGAGCCAAAGCUCCCUCUCUUGAUUUUCCUCCAAACAUGGGACAACCCCAUUUCUAGCACAGCUGAGACUUGAGUGCACAUGGGAGUGUGGGGGUCAGUGGACUCAUGGAAGCAAGAGGGAGGGUUUGACAAGGUGUAAAUAUUUGUUAUACAUGUUACAAAUUAUAUGUUGCUAAGAGUGGAGCUUCUAUUUGCCUUAAGGCCUUUACUCCAUCCUAAUGGGACUGGGCCUUAAUUUUCCUGAGGACCUAUCCUCCAACCCCUAAAAAUUAUCAUGCUCCUUUUUAAGACCUUUUUAGAACCAUGUCUCCAUAAUCUUUAGGCCCUCUCCCCACCUUCCUAAGAUCUCCAUACAGUAUUUGACUUACAUUCUCCUUCAACCUCUUCUUCAGUCCUCCCACGGAUCUCUUCUUAUUAGCUUAUGACCUCUCCUCCCCUUUCUGUAGUCUUCUUCUCCAUUAUUCUUAGAAUAUUCCCUCCAUCUUUCUGAGGACAUUUCCUCCAGGCAAAAUUAUAAACAGGGCGAUCCAA